CACACUAAAUACAAAAGCACCGGCGUUGCGCUGACUGCCUGCAGUGUGGUUGCAAUGCAGUUGACAGAGGUGCGGAACGGUGAGAUCCAGACUAGCUUCUCCCACGUCCUGCUACUGAGAGGUAAACGUAUUCUUUAAAAAAAGUAAAAAAAAAAGUAUUCCUAUCGCCCGAAUCCCCCAGAAACACAGAUUUGGGAUCCUGUUCCAUCUACGUCCCAAGCGUAAACCGAUUCUCCAUGAAAACGGAUCACUCCGUUUUCGCCUCCCUCACUCCAUUUGGCUUCAAUUCUACAAGGCGGUCCUAUCCUGCCACCCUAUAGAUCCAUCUAGGAAGAAGCAAAACCAGACACCUUGCUGGUUCCUGUGGUUGAUUAAAGAUUUAAAUCAAAGCUUCGCUGUUGACGGCUAAUAUUAGGCUUAGCACAGGAUAGUUAGUCCCUGGGAAAACUCAAGGAAUAUGCAGAGCAAGUAUCAACGGGCUACUAUAGCGACUUGCAAACAAAGUCGUAUAUCAGCCUGCGGAAUCCUAUACGAAGUCCUCUCUCAGCUGACAACCGCCCUAAACUGUUGCUGAUUUUCAAUUUGCAUUCAGUCACAUUUCGCAUUGUUUUGAAAACUCUUUCUUUCCCUGCCUCUUCUUUCCCCCGCUUGCCAAAUCCUGGUUGGUGGGGGGGGGGGGAGGGAGAGGGGGGGGGAGAGAAGGCAUUCAGGUAAUGAAGUCUGUAACUAAACGGUAAUUGAAUCAGCAUAAUUUGCACACUGAAUGGUUUUCAAAUGCUCCCAGUUUACAAUUAAAGGAGAAUUAAUGCGCUUGUUUUCAGCCUGCCGCGCAUUAGAAUAAAUCCCGCGCCGUUGUUGCCAUGAGUGGGAAAGAGUUUAAGUGCCAACAAACCCAGGGCGGGAGGAGGAAGAGGGGGAGAGAACCACGCAGCUUAUUGAUCUUGCGCCUGGAUGGGAGAGAUUACGGGUGUUGGAGUUCUCUGGCCCCCACCUAUUUAAAAAUAAAUAAAUCAGAGAGCGGUGCAAUGGCGCCAGGCGCGCGCACAACACCCCCCCCCCCCAUUGGUGACCAAACGACCCUUUCAAGGAUGCAUAACCAGUCAAGGCUUCCUGGGUCGCUGGCCCCCAAACAACAUGGGGGGUUAGUUCUUGACAUCGUUCUGCGGAUCUUAGAGGGACCUCCAUCCUCACCUCUAUUUUGGGUGGAGGGGUCAGAAUCAGAAUGAAUAGAAACCAGAACAAUUUCCUUCUUCUCAAAAAUAAAUAAAUCCCCAAGACUUCUUGACUUCUAAACUGUGGCUCCGGUCCAUUUGUAGGGGGAAGGCAGAGUUACAGCAGGUGAUGGCACGCCAGAGCGCUUGUUCCCGUCUGCAAGGGCUGCCCGUGCGUUCACCUGCUUCCCCCACAAGGUGUCCUGAGCGGGGCUGAGACUGGCGCGCAGCGCCCUCCAGCGGCCAAGAGCUGCAACCGCAGGCCAACAGCGCAAGGAAGAGGCUUCUUACAGAGAGGGUAAAACAAAAACAAAAAACGAGUUGCCCCGGUUGGUUUUCAAGGUUUGUAUGCUUGUCGAACCACACCAUUUUUUUUUUCAGCCAGCACCAGGUGCUUCUUUUUCAUUAGUCCGGUCUGAUCCUAGUCCGGUCUGAUCCUAGACCGUUUUUCCAACCUGAAAGCCAAUCACUCUCGAUCCCCUUGCUCAGAAAGCAGAUGACGGUCUCUGUGCUUAUCUGUGGAUCGAUGUGAGCUGGAUCCCAGGAGGAAGAGAUCCCAGGUUGUGUGGUUUCGCGUCCCCUCUGGUCAUCUGUUUGUGCCACGGGACUGAUUCAGUGGCAUCUAGGUGGUUUGGUUUUACGCGGCCGGGGGGGGGGGUGCGGUAAGUGCUAGGUGGUGUCUAUACCUGGAUGUUGACACCUGUGCAUGACGGAAAAGCCCCCUAAAGGGUGUGCGUGUGCUGGCACAACAGUGACCGUGAGAGCGAUCCCCUCCUCUCAUGACCUGGAUCGCCGGCGCCACCGAAAACUUCCCCUCCUGUCCCGAGGAGAGCUGAAGACACCUUGGGGACGCACCAACUGACCCCCCCACCCACCCAGGGGUCACAAGGAGCUAGACAGAGGAGGUGAGAUACCCACGACAUAGCCCAAGUUGUCACUUUACAGAGUUUAUGAUCGGGCAGGAGGGGUCCCUCGCGGAUUUGAACUAGCUCUAGCGCGUGUCAAAGAGAGACCCCGGGUAUUACACCUUGCUGUCUACACUGAACUUUUUUUUUUUUUUUAGACCGCCGGCUUGGUCUCCCGUAUGAACGGAUGGAGCUCCAAUUGGUAGAUCGUGGAAGAAAAAAGUUUUGCCGGAGUUCUCUCUCCUAACCACCCCUGCCAAGCCCCGCUCGUCAAGCUUUCCAAGAGACGCUGUGGCAACGUCCUUGAAUUGAUCUUCUCACCUUCUCGCACGCCUACAGUAAGGUUGCCAAACUUCCGUCGAACCCACAGUCACCCAAAACGCGCACUCCGUCCACCAACAAAUGAAUAAAAAAU